AUGCAAGAAGAAUCUAAUGCGGAAUCAUACUACCCUUCUCCAGAGCAGCUCACGGACAUAAAGUUACCGAAUGAGCUGCCGAACUUCGGAGAUUUAGUGAAUAAAAAUCCAAUCCAAGCAAUUGCUGCUUUACGUAAAUUUAGUGAGAAUUUUACAGACCCGUACUAUGUUGGCAAGCUCCUAGCUAUUACUAAAAUUAUUAAACCAGAUAAACGCACAGAGGCCUUAUUUAAUACCGGUAUUCCAACGUUACCCAUUCUGUAUUUCUUCUUCUCCACGAUGAAUACAGAGUUCACGACAGUUCUCGACUCAGCGCAGGUUAAUUUCUCAUUAAUCGCUUUCCCUAACGUUUCCUCUCAAUUGAGGACGAUAUUUGCUGUAUUUGCGGAUACAUACUUAGCUAAGAACCAAAAUUGUCGAAUGGCAACUUCUGAAAUUCAAUCAAUUGCAAUUUCUUUUGUAGCCUUUCAUUCAUUUUUCAACACAAAAACAAUAAUCCCACCUGAAGAAUUUAAGAGCUAUUACCACAAAUCAGCUUUCCCAAUAGAAAACGCGCUUUUAAUUUACAAUAAUCUAAUUGCAAGAGUUUACAAGAUAAAUUAUACUUUUGGAGAAUAUAAUGCACCAAUCAAUGUUACAAUGUCUGGUCAGAUCUCUUGUAAGCGAUCACUUUUUAAGUUGGUUAAAAAUAUGUUCUUAAAAAUCUCCGGAUUCUGGCUUGAUGUAUACUCAGACUCGAAGGCAGAAAAACCCAAGAUAAAAUUACUAUUGCACGACGUCAACUCUACAGUUUAUAAGAAAGAUGAAGAUUAUAUCCUUGAAAUUACAUCGAAUUCAAAAUCCAAGCUUGUUAUUGGACCAAAUAAAUUAUACGAUGAGACGAAUUACAUAAUUACUGGUGAUUCCAAAGACCAAUUAGAAGAAUGGAGACAUGUAAUUAACUUUGUAGCAUUUCAUUGCACACUCCAUGCUCUGAUCGAUCAGGAAAUUGCAAAAGGCGAAAUUAACGGUGAUUACUCUUUUGCACUUCAAUCUAAGGCAUGA